CAUUGGUUAGCAUAAAAUUUGCGGUUAAACUAGAAAUAAACCACAAAAAUUGACCAUGGAUGUUGGGGAGCUGUUAAACUACCAGCCGGAUCGUGGAGCGAAGCGGCCAAGGGAAGAAGACGGCAGUGAAGACACACGGAGUAAAAAGAGCUCCAGUCGUGACCCGGUCAGGCAUGUGCCUGCCGCUGAUCAGGACAGCGAGGAUCUGAAUCCUGACAAUCAAAAGAUCCUGGACAAACUCAUGGAUCGUGAUGAGGAGCCAGAGGGUGAACCAGUGGAUGAGAGUAUGGUGAAGAAAAUGAUUCUGACCUUUGAAAAAAGGUCUUACAAAAACCAAGAGCUGAGGAUUAAGUUUCCUGAUUGCCCAGAGAAGUUCAUGGAGUCUGAGCUUGAUCUGAAUGACAUCAUCCAAGAGAUGCAUGUGGUCGCCACGGUACCUGAUCUCUAUCACCUGUUGGUAGAGCUCAACGCUGUUCAGUCCUUGCUGGGUCUGCUCAGCCACGAGAAUACAGAUAUAGCCAUCGCUGUUGUGGAUUUGCUUCAGGAGCUGACAGACAUUGAUACUCUCCAUGAGAGUGAAGAGGGAGCAGAAGUGCUCAUUGAUGCCUUGUUGGAGGGCCAAGUGGUGGCCUUACUGGUCCAGAACAUGGAGCGUCUGGAUGAGACUGUGAAGGAGGAGGCAGAUGGAGUCUACAACACUCUUGCCAUCACUGAGAACAUGGCUGAGUUCAGACCAGGCCUGUGCACAGAGGCUGCUCAGCAGGGGCUAAUGCAGUGGUUACUCAAGAGAAUAAAGGCAAAGAUGCCUUUCGACGCUAACAAGUUGUACUGCAGUGAAGUCCUUGCCAUAUUGCUUCAAAACAAUGACAGCACCAGAGAGCUGUUGGGAGAGAUGGACGGUAUCGAUGUUUUACUGCAGCAGCUUUCUGUGUUCAAACGGCACAACCCAGCCACAGCGGAGGAGCAGGAGAUGAUGGAGAACCUGUUUGAUGCUCUGUGCUCCUGUCUCAUGCUUCCGGCCAACCGUGACCGUUUCCUCAGGGGAGAAGGGCUCCAGCUCAUGAACCUCAUGCUCAGGGAGAAGAAGAUGUCUCGCACCAGCGCCCUCAAGGUUUUAGACCACGCCAUGAUUGGCCCUGAGGGCUCAGACAACUGUCACAAAUUUGUGGACAUCCUUGGCCUGCGCACCAUUUUCCCUUUGUUCAUGAAGACACCAAAGAAAAUGAGAAAAGCAGGAGUGACGGACAAGGAGCACGAAGAACAUGUGUGUUCCAUAAUAGCCUCGAUGCUCAGGAACCUGAAAGCCCAGCAGAGAACAAGGCUCCUCAGCAAAUUCACAGAGAGCGACUGUGAAAAGGUUGACAGACUGAUGGAGCUGCACUUUAAGUACCUGGCAGCUGUUCAGCAGGCUGACAAGAGGAUUGAAGGCGAGAAGCACGACAUGGUGCGGCGUGGUGAAAUCAUCGAUGACUCCAUGGAGGAUGAGUUUUACCUGCGACGGCUGGACGCAGGGCUGUUUGUUCUUCAACUAGUCUGCUAUAUAAUGGUGGAGAUAUGCAACGCUGGAAUUCCACAGUUACAGCAGAGGGUGCAUCAGAUCCUAAACCUGAGAGGGGGUUCGGUGAAAGUCGUCCGACACAUCAUGAGAGAGUAUGCAGAGAGUAUUGGAGAUGGCAAGAGUGAAGAAUUCAAAGAGAGUGAACAGAAGAGGAUCAUGGAACUCCUGGAAAUCUUCUAACAGUUCAGCUGGCUCCCAGCCAAUGACCCGGUCACAUCCUGCAGACACACUCACUUCACAGGGCUCUGCAUCGAAAGGCUUUUCUUGCUCUGCUAUAGUGUGGUAGCCUAAGUACUGUCCUACAUUUAGGCUAUGUUAUUGAACUAUAUUCAGAUACAGCCAAGAUUUUUUUCUAAAUAUGGCUAUAACCAAAACCUCCUCUAUUAUUCCCUGUCUUUUCUUCCUUCCUGUGACAUGAAUGGACUAAAGAAGUGGAGACACUCUAUCAGACCCAUCUAGUGGGACUGGCACACAAAAUGUGUUUUUUUUUUUUUUUUCAGCCAGUUCAGGUUAAAAACCUGAGUGCAGAAGGAUGGGAGGACCCAUGCCUGUUGUAGAACACAGCCUUUGUGAGUCUGCAUCAACAGGGGCCUGCUUAAACUGGUGUUUUCAAACAGCUACCAAUUGAAAAGUUUAAUACACAACCACACAAUGUCAGGUGUGACUGGAUUUCUUUGAACACAUGACAUUUUAUUUGUGAAAAUUGUUACUUUUUAUAUAUGUGAGAGAUUCAGUUUGUUAUCGAUGAUAAGGUGAAAAAGCCUA